CAUACACACACACACACAACACUGGCAGAUAUUUUGGCUCAGACAAGCAGAGGCGUGAGCGCAGUUUGGCGUAGCCGUCGAACAGCCCCAGCCAGGUCAUGUCCCUAAAGAUGGAGAUGGAUGUCAGUGGCGCGUCCAGGCCCAGGGCACCCAUAUCUGUUCUGCCUGCUGCUGCGGCUGCCGUCCAGCCUUCGUCAUCACCAUCCUCAUCCUCAUCAGCGGUGGCGGCGUCCAUGUCCGCGAUGGAGGCCAAGUCCACUCUGAAGCCUGUGGAGAUGGAGCGUCCUCGCUGCUCCAGCACCCCAUGCUCCCCCAUCAAAAGUACUGUCUCAGGAUACCAGAUCCUGCAUAUGAACUCCAACUACCUGGUGGGCUUCACCACCGGCGAGGAGCUGCUCAAACUGGCCCACAAGUGGUCCGGUAACGGCACCGGUGGUGGUGCGGGUGGUUCUGGGCUGGAGGUUGGGACGUCUGCCGAGAGGCUGCCCGGUGGUGCCGGCAGUCUGGGUCUCAGUGCCUCUGGCUCCUCAUCCUCCUCCCCUCUGGAGGCCUUCCCCCCGGCCAGUCCGCUACGCCGGCCCCUGGAUGUGGGCCUGCACCGGGCCUCGCGCAUCUACAAGGCCAAGAGCCGCUACUAUCAGCCCUACGACAUCCCGGCCGUCAACGGGCGGCGGCGGAGACGCAUGCCCAGCUCAGGGGACAGCUACCUCAGGCCCGCCGGCCUGGCAGGCCUCAUGGGGCCCGGCGGGAGCUCAUCGGGUGAGCCCAGCAAGGCCUUGCACGGGCCCCUGCCCCUGUGCCUGCUGCGGGGCAAGAGGGCCCAGUCCAAGUCCCUGGACUACCUCAACCUGGACAAGAUGAGCCUGCGGGAGCCGUCCGUGGCGGACACAGAGGUCCUGCAGUUCCAGCUCCAGCACCUCACGCUGCGCGGGGAGCGCGUCUACACCCGCAACAAGACAUGAGGGCCAGCAGGGGGAGCCGGCGAGCAUGCACGGCCAAACAGACAAGGACAUGGAGGAUAGGAGGAGAUUUUUUGGGGGUGGGGUGGUAGUGAUGGGGGUGUGUGUGUUUGUUGGGGAGUGUGGUUUGGUGGGGUGAGUUGAGGCACUUGGUUCCGAGUCAAUGGGUUCCGUGGUUUGAAGUCUACGGAACAGAUCCUGUAUGGAGAGAUGGGAGGAGGCGGGGGAGAUAAAUUGUUUUUUUUUUGGGAGGCGUGGUGUUGGGGUUUGUGUGUAUGUUGAGGGGGUAUUUUGGUGAACUAGAAGCCCCAAAGGCACAUGGUUCUGGGUUGUAUUGGUUCCUGUAUGGUACCGGACUUGCCAAGUUCCUUCCUUCUCAGUUCCUUGUGUUAUCGCCGUUGUGGGUUCUCGUUUCUCGUGCCAGGAAAAAAACCGCCAAGACUCUUUGGUCCCUGCCAUCACAUUAUAUGCACUGUCUUCUACUUUGUUCAACUGGAGGGGUCGACCACUGUUAUGGGACUGAACUUGACCCCGUCGCUUUGUCAGAAAUCUCCGUCAGUCAGUGUGAGAAACUUCAAUUCAAGCAGCAGGAAUAUUAGCUGUCUUGAUCUGAACACUAUUGAAAAGAGAGCUGGAGGUUACUUAACAAGAUGGGUGGGCUAAACUUAAAAAAAAAAGAUAAAAAGAGGAGGUUAGCAAUAAAUGGUAUGCUUCAAAACUGCUACUGCUGAACUGUAUGUGUGUGUAUUGUAUGUAUGCUCUAUAGCUAAUGUUUUCUGGAACUUGUCAUUGAGGUUUUUGGUGGCUUUAAGCCCAGAGGCUGUGUGUGUGGUUGUGUGUGGUUGUGCGUGCGUGCGUGCGUGCGUGCGUGCGUGCAAACUCUACAUCACAUGGCUGGGUCACAAACUGAAUUCUGAAUUCCUCAAUCUAGGAAAUCAUCCUCUAGGGACAUGUUAGUUCUCUUUAGCAUCAUCUAACUUUCCUCUUGACCACAUUUCUAGCAUUCAAGUCACCCCAGCUCACCUCUACUGUAGUUUUGCCAGCACACUGUUGUGUUGUGGGGAGGGAGGGAGGGUGGUGUCUGUCUGUCGGUUUGUUUUGUAUGUACUCUACUACACAUGACUGUUACACAAUCUCUGGGGUUCACGGGUUGGGCUUUAGGGCGGCUGGGGUUGGUUUAUUUAAACGUUUGUUGAAGAGGAUUUGCGGCGAGGAGAUUUUCCUCCUCGGGAAGCCUUGCGGUAAGAUUAGCUCCCCUCUCGCUCACACUGAAUUAGCGUACUCUCCCUUGCGGCAUGCAUGGCCAUUCCUUCAAGGAGUGCCGUCUGCCUGCCUGCCUGCCUGCCUGCCUGCCUGCCCACUUGACCAUCCCUCUGGAUGGUUUUAGGGGGAUGAUUUGCUCCAGUGUGUCUAUGAAAGUUAUUGUCCUCCUUAUCAGUUUGCAGUUUACUUUUGUGUGCCACAGUCCUACUCUUCAUGCCAUCGAGGUUAAAUGCAGUCCUAUAGUCUCCAUCCUCAGACCAUAGGCUACCAUUUAAAUGCAACCCUUUGAGCUACUAUUGCUGACUUAUUUUACCCUCUUUUUUUCUCUCUGUCCAUGUCUGUCCCCCUCUUGUUUUCUCUAUUCCUCUCUCUCUCUCUCUCUCUCUCUCUCUCUCUCUCUCUCUCUCUCUCUCUCUCUCUCUCUCUCUCUCUCUCUCUCUCUAAAUGGGAUGUGUUGAGACGCUGUAAAUUUCUGCUUUGCCACAGAAACCAAAGGACAAGCUAAGGGUGCCCUGGACAAACUUGAUGUAAAUGUUUUGUUGUUUUAUCUUAUCUGAACUGCUUAAGACAUCAGACAAUCAUUUGCCAGGGUCUUACAGCCCUGCUCUGAGUGUGGAAAACCUUUUUUCUUAGUAGGUUAGUUCAAAUAAUAAUAAUAAUAAUCCAAAUUUGCUGAGCCAAUAAUGAAAUGUUUAACACCUCUCCUCCAUCACCUGCCUUGUACUGUUCAUUUCCAUGUUUCAUUUGAAAUGCCAUGUGAUUUUUAUUUUGUGGGAAAGAAAUAUCCGUGGUGCAGUGUUUUAUUUGUAAAAACAAUAAAAUAAAAUAAAAUGUCAAAAUGACA